AUGGGGGUUGAUCCUCUCUCCCCAAUCGCUCCAGUGCGCUUACGGGCGCUGUUGCUACCCAUUGGCAAGAUAAAGCGCUCCAGAUUCCUGAGCUUCGCCGCAAGGCUUCAGGCCGAAAAUGUUGUCCGCUUGGGGGACAUUAGUCCUGAUGCGCGACCCAAUCGAAAUAUGUUCUCCCCGCUCGCGUUCCCUACCGGGAUGAUCCUCUACGACUUGUCCUACUCCGUCCCCCCAACGUCCCACCUAGAGUUAUUUCCCUUCGAGAUAUUCCGAGAGCCUCUGGUGAUCAUUGCGAUAGCCGAUGGAGCAGAACUCAGCGAAAGUGUGCAGAAGGGUGAGCCAGGAUCGUCGGCCGAUCAGCCCCCAACUCCCGGCGAGCUGGAGCAGCUGCGACAUGAACUGGAAACCGUAAAGGAGAGCAACCCGAGGUCACUGGUACAUCAACUGUUGAUCUUUGAUUAUGAUGGGGUGAAAAAGCUCACCAAUGGCCCGGGGGAGGUCCUCUGGAUACCACGGCCUCAAGCAUCCAAGGCCACUACAAUGAAGACUGUCUUGUGUGAUAUUACGUCGCUGUUCCUUUCCGAACUAGACGGGCUUGCGAAGACCAUCCAAAGUAUACCUUCUAUAGAGUCGCCCCGAUUGUCGUCUUGGGGUCCGCAUCGAGGUCCAGAUAUACGCCCGCGACCGACCGACCGGUUGUUUCAUCGGAUGACCAUGCCGUCGCUCCCAUCCCACCCCAACGGGGUGUCCGAGUCCCCCUCGAGCUCCAACCAGGGCUCGCCGGCCCCCAGUGACCAUGAGACUCCGACAACGUUUGAUGAAAUCACCCGAUCGAUACAAGUCGCCAACCGCUCCAACUCAUUCGGCAAGGUCAACUCGCUGCCGUCAUCCAAAGAGCAUAGCCGAGACCGAAUGUCCGUGAGCGGCAUGAGCGCGACGGAUCGCACAAAGAAUCGGAUCAAAGGACGCACGGGUGUUGUUGUUGGGACCUUGUUUCUUCAAGCAGGCAGAUGGCCAGACGCUCUGAAAGAACUGGUCGAAGCCGCCUCUAAUGCUCGGGCAACCAGUGACUAUGUGUGGCAUGCAAAGGCGCUGGAAUCCAUCCUUCUCUGCCUAUUAAUGUUUGCAUGGGCUGGAAUGGACUUCCAGAUCCCCCCGGUCUGCUACCCUGUAGCCGACAAGUCCUCGAAGCUAUCAUAUAGCAGUAGCCUGGAUUCAUCGCCGGGGAACCGUAUCAUCUCACUGCAGAACCUGUCCAAUCUAUUGCCAGACCUUGCGAACAACAUACUGAAUCUUUACAACCGUGCCGCCAACAUUACCGAUGACUCCUUGCCUCAACUCGUUUUCUCGGAGACAGUGAUUCGUCUGGCAAGGCUAUUGGCGGCAGCCUGUAUUCGCGAUGGCGCACUAGAUGACGUUGCCCUGAAGCAUGUCGUGAUGAACGAGCCUCUCCCCCCUCUGCUCCGACCCGAACGGCCUCGUGGACUCACCAUUCUCCGCAAAUCCGAGAUCGCCAACUUUCUUUUCCGAGCAUUGCCUCUUUCCCCAAGCUCGGAUCUGCCUCCGACAGAUGCCAUUCCCAUCAUCAUCGGUGUUGUCUCGGUCCUGAAUGUUCUCGAUUUACCACGAAAGAAGGCAUUCAUUCUGAGAGAGCUUGUGUCCAUCAUGGUUCCAGCCCUUGUCCAAGCCCGCAAGAUUGGAGCGGCAGAAGUGGGUGUUCAUCCUGCCGCCGGGUUGGCAUCCCUCAGCGACACGGCGUUUGACGUCAAUGCUCUCGAUCUUGGCCCGGGAAACAUGGAGGAAAGCAUGCGCUCCCUACUUGCAACCGUAGGCGAGAUUUAUGGUGUUCAACCCUCGUCUUUCUACGAAUGGGAGAAGCGGCGAUCUUCAACCGCGAGUGGGACUGAUCCCUUCCCCGAAUAUGAUUCGAUUACUGCCAUUGUUGAGCGGUCCUUUCGACAUACCAUUCUUGAUGGGUACGGUGAUUUGAAUCUGAAGAUCGAUGUCCUCAAAGCGUGCAUCAGCUCCUGCGAGGCACUGCCUGACUUCAUCGGUGUUCUUCGUUUCACGGUAGAACUUCUGCAAACCAUCAGAGGGGACUUGAUGCUCUCGCAAUCUCAAUACCACCCACCCUAUCUACCACGAGACGACCAGGUGCGGCUGCUAAACAAUAUCAAGCGAACUGUCGGUGCAGCCAACAAACUCGGUGCUUCGGAGAUUGAGGCAGAGUACUGGGAUGAUUUCUUGGUCCGCGAUGUUCAACUGCUGUCUCUUCCGGACCCCAGAAGACCUGUCCGUCGCUCAAAACCUGAUCUGGAUGCCGUGACAGCCAGCCGCAAAAAGCCUACAAAGGACCCCUUCCUAUACAAUCCUUUCUCCAAGGCCAGCAACAAGGCCCUCGAGUCGUUGAUGGUUGCCGGCGAAUAUGCCGCGUUCCAAGUCACCCUCCAGAACCCUUAUGAGUUCGACCUAGAGAUUGAAAGGCUCCGUCUCGACAGUGACGGCGUGUCUUUAGAGGCGGUAGCAGAGUUGAUCUUGAUCCCUCCGUUAUGUCUGCAAGAUAUCACCGUCUACGGGAAAGCCAGUGGAGAGGGAUCGCUCAAUAUCACUGGUUGCAUCGUUAAGGUGCGACACUGCAGAGAACGCAAAUUUCCAAUAUUCAAACACUUCUGGAGGCCCGAAGCCGAGUGGAAAUUUAAGCGAACCGGAUUGGCGGCCAAGAGGCCUACGGUGGAACGACCUCUUUCGUGGAGCUCGACGACUGCGAGAGACGGAAAGCAACUCCAGAAGAAAGGCCCGGACACGUCAGUCUGCGAAGUCAAAGUCAUUGGGCAACAGCCGUCCCUAGUGAUUGAAUCGUUGUCGCUGUCCCAGUCCGCGAUGAUGGUGCUGGAAGGAGAACUCAGCUCCUUCAACAUUACCCUACGAAAUAUGUCGCCAUGCGCCCUCGACUUCAUCCUCUUUACUUUCCAGGACUCCACGACAAAACAGGUCCAGUCAGCCCUAAGCAACAAGGACCUGCUGCCGGUCGAGAUAUAUGAAUUGGAACUGAACCUAACAAAGCCGGCUUUGCGGUGGCGCCGCGAAGGCUUGAACCCGGAGGACUACUCCAUCCCAGCAGGCCAGAGCGCCACCUUCACCAUCGAUAUCACCGGAAAGCCUGGCCUACAAGAGACCACGGUGCAGAUCGAUUACUCCUGCCUUGGACUCGCCCCCGGGGAAUUGCCCGACGUGUUCUAUACCCGUCAGCUGUUUGUCCCACUUACUGCGACGGUGAAUGCCAGUGUCGAAGUCGCUCGCUGCGAUAUACUGCCCCUCAGCAGCGACUUUGCAUGGUGGAACAAUCCCGAAAGCGUCUCCAAGCCCGAGUCCGGCCAAACCAGCGCCGCGCUUGUACCUCAAUCGACGGAGACUGACCCGUUUUCCCCCGUGCUCUCUCACCUCGCCCGAGGUGGAUAUGGGCCUGACCACUGUAUACUUCUCCUUGAUCUCCGCAAUGCUUGGCCGAACCCCUUGUCGGUGUCUCUACAGGUCAGUGAGAACGCCGCCAAGUCGGACUUGGGACCGCAAUCCAGCGCUCCUGAGGAUGGCGAUGGUCAAUACUCGGUGCGGGGAGAGCUCCAGCCCGGCCAGAUGUCGCGAUUUGUUCUCGUUCUCCCCCGAGCCUAUUUAGACAAUCCUCAUGCCUCGAUCCCCAUCCUGAACACCGGUGUCAAGCGACAAUUCGUUGUGAGCGCCAACAAGCUCACCUUCGAAGCCGAGGCAGCAACACGUGAGGCCUUCUGGUAUCGCGAAGAAAUCCUCCAGCGCGUUUCCGGCUUCUGGAAGGAGAAGGUUGGCGGGCGCGAAGGUAUUAUCGACCUGCGGAACCUGCGUCUGAACGCACGGAUGGUGGAGGCCUUCCGAUUAGAGGAUGUCGGCGUGACAUUCUCCCUCGAGCCUUCCUUCCCAGACGACACAAAGAGCGUGGUACAAACCGGGCGCUCGAAGUACGAGGUUGGAACUGACGACCUCCUCAAUCUCACCGUCACGGUUCUCAACCGCUCCUCCAAGCCCAUCCACCCUCUUCUCCGACUCCAGCCGAGCCUUCGUCACCAGCCCAGCAACGUCGCCCUGGAUCUUUCCCGGCGUCUCGCCUGGACCGGAAUGCUCCAGCAGGUCCUCCCCGUCCUACGCAGUGGAGAAAGCAGCACUGCCACCGUUGGCGUCACCGUCCUCUGUCGCGGAGACUACGAAUUCGGCGCUACCGUCGAGGAGCUGCGUCUGUUGCGUCCAUCCACCGACUCCGAAGGCGAAGGCGAAGGCGACGCUCAUCCACCUGCUCAAGCGGCCUUCCACGACGACGAGGGCAUCAUCACAGAUACCUUCGGCGUGGAUGUGGCUAAGAAACGACGAAUAUGGCACGCUAAAGAGACUUGUGUUAUGACUGCCCAUGACUGAACGUCUGCAGGGAGAAGUAGGGAAUAGAGUGCGUGUGUGUAAGAGAGAGAGAGAGAGAGAGAGAGAUGUGCUCUGACUUCAUACUUCAUAUCUGCAACCUAUCCUAUUCUACUCAUUCAAAUCCUCUCGGUUGGCCAUCUUCAUAACGACAUCAAUGCAACAGCACUUUUUUGUAUAGAACUUUUCUUUUUUGCUUGUUUUUUCUCCCUUCCUGUUCUACUACUCCUUUUCCUACUCCUACACUGCAAUUAUAUCCUGCACAGAACAGACAUAUAUGAUAAUCACGAAUCAUGUAUCAAUCGGAUGUCCUUCCGCUGGAGGCUAAUGAAACCAAUCAACCAUGUGCUAUUUAUUUAUUUCUCUUCUUCGG